AUGACCGCUUCUCAUGUAGUCAUCAAAGGAAAAGAUGGUGUAUUUAUAAAGCAGCCAAAGUUGCAUUCAAUCAAAAUCAAACAGAAUUGUGCUGAUAUUAAUGCGCAAACUGAAGAAACUCAAGAAACUGCAUUAACCUUAGCUUGUUGUGGAGGAUUUCGGGAUGUAGCAGACCUUCUGAUUAAAGCUGGAGCUGAUUUAGAAUUGGGUGCGUCGACCCCCCUCAUGGAGGCAGCCCAAGAAGGUCAUCGAGAUUUGGUUGAGUACCUAAUUGAUGCUGGUGCCAACGUUAAUGCCCAGACGUCGACAGGGGACACUGCUCUAACAUAUGCCUGUGAAAAUGGGCAUACAGAUGUCGCAGACCUUCUUUUGCAAGCUGGAGCAAAUCUUGAACAUGAGAGUGAGGGGGGUCGAACCCCACUGAUGAAAGCUUGUCGAGCAGGUCACUUGUGUACGGUACAGUUCCUCAUUGUAAAAGGUGGAGACGUUAAUAAGACGACCACGAACAACGAUCAUACACCACUCUCUCUCGCCUGUGCUGGGGGUCAUGUUCCUGUUGUAGAGCUGCUUUUGGUCCAUGGAGCUGAUCCCAACCAUAAGCUCAAGGACAACUCGACCAUGUUGAUGGAAGCAAGUCGAGGAGGCCACACUAAGGUUGUCCAGCUUCUGAUAGACUUCCCUUCUUCCAUUUCCCACUUGUUGCCCGUGGUCGGAACCACUCAACAUCAAGUCACAGCUACGACCCAAGGUCCAGCUGCAGAGUUGGCUACCGGAGCCAUCCUAGAGAGUGACCCUCACCAGUUGCCCAUGGGUCUCACUGUGGUGCAGGGUUCUGAUCCACAGCAAUCUCUUGUAGUUAACCCUAAUCAAAUAUUUAACGAUAUAGAUGAGAGACUUGGUGAAGGGGGAGCUGUUAUGGGUUCUAGUGGUGUUCAAACCAGUGUAGUAAAAGGAAACAGAACCAAACCUAAUCGUAAGCCAGGGGUCAUCUCCACUUUGCCUACCACCAAUCAUCUAAUCUCACUACCACCACUGGUCCAAAUGGGGAAAAGUUGACACCAUCCUCAGACUCUCAAAUAAUUAAAACUCCCCCAGUAAGCAAGGGCAGCAAUAGUGGGGGAGAGAGUGUUUUAUUGACGCCCGCCUCCCCAACGUCUCCCCCACCUCCUAGUAAUCAGGAGGAAGCCAAAAUGAGACCCUGUGAUAGACUUGACCAGUAUGUUGAUAACUUAGUAAGAAAAGCAGAGCAACCAUCUUCUAAUAGAGAGGAACAAAUUCUACAGAAACAGCAAAUAUUAGAGGAGUUGCAGCGAGUGGAGAGAGAACUGCAGGGUAAAGUUAUUCCCUACAGUGGCAGCUAUGAUCCCUCCAGGAUCCCCAUCAGCAGCUGUGCUGUUACAGCCAGCAGUAGCAGCAGCAGUGGUGUGGGUGUUGGAAACUUGAGUGGUGUC